CCUCGUGACGCCGGAGCCGGCCAGUCUGGUGUACGGCAAUCGUUACGCCACGUCGGGCUGCAUAGCCGCACAUGCGCACUCCGCGCCCGCUCGGAGGGAAGUGCGGCCGGCGCGAGGAAGGCGCGAGGAAGCGAGAGGUCCGCGCCCGCCCCAGUCCUCCCGCCGCGCCGGCUCGCGCCUCUCGCCUGCCGCAUCAUGGGUAUGGACAAUCAAAUCGCCGAGGAGAACAAGAAUGAGCAGCACGAAAACAUAUUCAUAACGAAUUUUCAGGAUGGAGAAACCGUUAAUUACUCACUCGUUAUCAUCAAGGGGUUAAUCACCGCCGGAGUUUACAAUUGCAACGAAAAGGUGAAAUGUAUUUUUACUAGCAACGGAAAUAGAUCUGAAUCCAAUUGGGACGUAUUCAAUCGAGAGUUCAAGAUACUACUGGACCUGAAGAGAGGCGACAACGUUAUAGAGUUGGAGUACGUAAAACAGAAAACGAAAUCGUUCCGACUGACUUAUAACCCCCGGAAGACUAAUUUGAAAGUCACCCCCGUUUAUAUUAUAUGCCAAGGACACGACGGCUGCUUUCAGAGCCCGUACGACGUGGACUGUUCUAUUGAUAGUGCGUGCUCGAGAAUAGCGAUCGGGGCUAAACUCAUCCAAAGUGUAGUGGCCGAGAAGUUGUACGAGAGUGGUGUGGGGAGAAAAACCUUCCAACUGGAACACGAGGUCAACCUUAAGAAACCGGAAUGCACAAUCUUCAGGAGCAACUUGAACGUAAACAAAGCCAGGAAAAUGAAACAGGGGGAACUCUGGACGCACUUCGGUAGAGAACUGAUGCUCUCCGAAUUAGGAAGUAACGACCGAAAGUUUUUAGCUUUCGUAUCCUGCACGAGAUUCAAAGGAACCGAUGAUGACAAGCCUCUGACCCACGAAGAAAUCGUCUCGCUGACGGAGGCACACGCGGCCCUAGGCGGAGGUGGGCUGGCGCUGUUCGGCACCGCGUGUUUGUACACGUGGCCUGUCACCGUCGACGAUAUACAAUUGCGCUUCCUGGAUAACACCCCUGUAAACAAUAAGCGCUUCAUGGACGACAGCGGAUACAGAGGAAGCUUGGGUGGAUGUUUUGCGACGACACUGGGGUCGACGUUACACGAACUGGGCCAUACGUUCGACCUCGGCCACACGAAAGAUGGAAUUAUGGGACGGGGCUUCGACAACAUAGAUCGGGUAUUUCUCGUCGGAGACAGAAGAUCUUCGGCCACCAAAGACAACAUGAACAAUUACAACGGGAAACCCGUACAGCACUCCACAGUAUCACUGCAACGCAACAUAAGCGUUACCAUGAACGUAGCCGAGCCGCUGAGAGUAUUGGGUCCGAGGAGCAAAACGACUCUUGGUAACUUUGCAUCCAUGUCGAAGUCCGACAUAGUUAGGAGGAGUCCGAACGUGACGCCGAUCACGAGGCCAUCCAGUGUUUACUCUACCAUCACAAAUAAAUUGUCGGACUCGAAAAGAAAUUUAAAUCGAAUAAACUGCACCGAUUCCAUAUAUUGGACGAGAAACUGUGCGGUGUUCCUCUCGUACCACAGAUGGUUCAAUAACGAGUACGGACGGGAGAGACAAGCCAUCACCAGAUAUUUAAAAUUCGAUACGAAUAAAAUGAUGAUAAUUUCUACGGCAGGUAUACGGAUAGUUGAAGUGAGAGACGACUCCGACGGCAUGGUUUUAGACUCCUAUGAAUUCACGAAUCCCUUGCCAGAAAAGAGAUUCUUAGUUCCGUUUACAUUCUCUCCGAAGACUAAAGUCCUAACUAUAGUGGUCGAAGACGAUUUGGGAAAUGUGUUAAAACAGACUUUUUCAUACUGAAAUACUUACUUGCAUAGAAAAUAUAGAACGUCCGAGAAUAGAGAUCUGAAUGUGAAUACCUACCUUGUAGAAAAAAAAGUUUUUUAAUUAAAAUGAUGAUGAAAGACCUACCCAAUAGACACUACGUAAAAUAAAUAACUAGCUCUAUGUUAUUAAUUUAAUAUUUAUUGUUAGUGUAAGCGAAGAGUAAUCCAGAAUGCUUAACAUUCGAAAAUGUAGCUGAUGUAAAUAAGACUGAUGGUAGAAGAAAUGGAUCCUCACAAUUUGAAUAAGUUAAUGUGUUUGUGCUCCAAAGAAAGUAAAAGAAAAGAACGUUUCAGCGCCAUAUCAAAUCAACUGGGAAACAUGUUUGCACCAGUAAAGUAUGAUAUGCAGGGUAAUGUGGAU